AUGGCGCCGCCCACCACGGCGGAUUCGCCGCCCACAAAAGCUAGUCCCCCGACCACCCCGACGAAACCCUCAUUAACUCCGGACGACAAGCGCCUCAUCUCCUUCCGCAUCGCGCACACGCCCGAGCCGACGUCGCCCACGCGCAGCCCGCCGCGGUCGCCCGGGCGCAAGAGCCCGAAGUCCGCGUCACCAAAAAACAAGAAGCAAAGCUCAAAGCUCAAAGCCGACGCGGCGCCGUUCCCCGUCGUCGAGGUCCGCGCGCCGCCGCUGCCGCCGGUGACGGCGCUGUCGCAAGUGCUCGCGUUCGACGUGCGCGGCGGCGACGACGACGACAAGCCGAGGCGCGCGCGCCGCAGCAGCUCCGGCGCGUCGUCGUCGGACGGCGCGGGGACGGCGUCCGGCGCGUCGUCGUCCGGCGCGUCGUCGUCCGGCGCGUCGUCGUCCGGCGCGCCGCCCGGCGGCUCGCCCCAGGCGGCGUCGGGCGACCUGCCGCUCCGGCCGCUCAAGGAGAACGUCGACGCGGACGACAAGGACGACAAGGACGAGGGCCGCGCGCUCUCGACGCGGAGCUCGUCGUCCCGCGUCGCGGCCCUCGAGCGCGCGCUCGCCGAGGCCCAGGCGGCGAACGAGACGCUCGCGCGCGAGCUCCGCGCGGCCCGCGACGACGCGCGCGACGCGCGGCGCGACGCGGACCGGUGGCGCGCCGAGGCGGCCGCGUGCAGCGAGAAGGCCGCGCACCACGCGGCGAGCGAGGCCGAGGCGACGGCGGGCCUCGAGCGCGAGGCGGAGAUGGCCUGGCGCGAGGCCGAGACCUGGGUCGAGCACGAGGAGGCGCUCGAGCUCCGCGAGGAGUUCCUCCAGUCGCGCGCGACGGACGAGUCCGAGCACCGGUCCGCGGCGACGCCGUCGGCGGGCGCGUCGCCGCGGUCCUGCUUCUCCGGCGCGUCCUGGUCCGCGGGCCGCGGCGCGGCCAUGAAGCCGAGCCACUUCCUGCCGCCGUCGCCGAAGCGCGACGCCGCGGCCGACGCCGACGACGACGACGAGGGCGACGCCUGGGCCGUCGCGCUCCACCGCUCCGCGACGGCGCACCCGUCGCCGAGCCGCACGCUCCACGAGAAGCUGAGCUCGCCCCACCGCAAGCCGCCGUCGCCCGCGGAGACGCGGAAGCGCGCGGAGGAGCGGCAGGUCGCCGCGAUGCGGAACCGGGGCCGGCUCCGCUGCGAGCAGUCCGCGCGGCUCCGCGAGGCCGCGGCGCACGCGCGCGGCGUCCGCGUCGCCAAGGAGCUCGCCGUCGCCGCGCGCGAGGCCGAGUCCGCGCGGCGCCACGACCGCGCGGAGGCGCGCCACGCGGCGCACCUCGAGUCCGUGCGCAAGAAGGCCGUCCGCGAGUCCAACAAGGUCGACGAGAUCUCCUUCAUCAACGAGAUGGGCCUCCUCGACAUGCAGUUCGACCUCAAGCGGCGCCUCAACGAGAUGGAGGCGCGCAUCGACGAGGCGCGCGCGCGCCGCGCGCGGCUCCUCGCGGGCGUCUCCAGCAAGCAGCAGGCGCGCGAGAAGGACAAGGAGGACAAGCUCGCGUCCGUCGGCGGCCUCGCGAAGCGCGACGACGCGCCGGAAUCCGUCGCGCUCCGGGGCCGCAUCCCCGAGCCCCUCUGGGACCGCGCCGCGGCCUACUUCGACCGCCUCUCGAACACCGCCACCCUCGACUGA